AUGGCUGCUCUUUCCACCUCGGCCUUUGUUAGCGCAUCGCUGUUCAGUGCUCCACAGCAGCGCGCAGCAUUCAAGGCCCAGCCUGCUAGCGCGAAGAGCGUUAGCAAAUCCGUAGCCUUCCGAUCUCAGAAACGCCUCUCCGCUGUACGAUGCAGCGCUGGAGGAGCAACCGCAGCACCAGCUGCUCCGUCAGUGACUCCGGCGAUUACCCUAUCUGAGAAGGCCUUGGCGCAUCUGACCAAGAUGCGCGCCGAGCUGAACAAGGAUCUGCUGCUGCGCAUUGGCGUCAGACAGGGUGGCUGCUCGGGAUUUUCGUACGUCAUGGACUUUGAGGAACGAGCCAACAUUCAGGAAGGCGACUCGAUUGUCGAUUACCAAGGCUUCUCUAUGGUGUGCGAUCCCAAGAGCCUUCUCUUCCUGUACGGCAUGCGGCUAGACUACAGCGACGCUCUUAUUGGUGGUGGCUUCUCAUUCAGCAACCCUAACGCUUCCUCUACCUGUGGAUGGCCUAUGUCUCACGAUGCCCGUGGUCAGGAUGCCCGUGGUCAUGAUGCCCGUGAUCACCAUGCCCGUGGUCACGAUGCUCGUGGUCACGAUGCUCGUGGUCACGAUGCUCGUGAUCACGAUGCUCGUGGUCACGAUGCUCGUGAUCACGAUGCCCAUGAUCACGAUGCUCGUGAUCACGAUGCCCGUGGUCACGAUGCUCGUGAUCACGAUGCUCGUGAUCACGAUGCCCGUGAUCACGAUGCUCGUGGUCACGAUGCUCGUGGUCACGAUGCUCGUGAUCACGAUGCCCAUGAUCACGAUGCUCGUGAUCACGAUGCCCGUGGUCACGAUGCUCGUGAUCACGAUGCUCGUGAUCAUGAUGCCCGUGAUCACGAUGCUCGUGGUCACGAUGCCCGUGAUCACGAUGCUCGUGGUCACGAUGCCCGUGGUCACGAUGCUCGUGAUCACGAUGCUCGUGGUCACGAUGCUCGUGGUCACGAUGCUCGUGGUCACGAUGCUCGUGGUCACGAUGCUCGUGAUCACGAUGCUCGUGGUCACGAUGCUCGUGGUCACGAUGCUCGUGGUCACGAUGCUCGUGGUCACGAUGCCCGUGGUCACGAUGCUCGUGAUCACGAUGCCCGUGGUCACGAUGCUCGUGAUCACGAUGCUCGUGAUCACGAUGCCUGGGGUCACGAUGCUCGUGGUCACGAUGCUCGUGGUCACGAUGCUCGUGGUCACGAUGCUCGUGAUCACGAUGCCUAUGAUCACGAUGCUCGUGAUCACGAUGCCCGUGAUCACGAUGCUUGUGGUCACGAUGCCCAUGAUCACGAUGCCCGUGGUCACGAUGCCCGUGGUCACGAUGCCCGUGGUCACGAUGCCCGUGGUCACGAUGCCCGUGGUCACGAUGCUCGUGAUCACGAUGCCCGUGAUCACGAUGCCCGUGAUCACGAUGCUCGUGGUCACGAUGCCCGUGAUCACGAUGCUCGUGAUCACGAUGCUCGUGGUCACGAUGCCCGUGGUCACGAUGCUCGUGAUCACGAUGCCCGUGGUCACGAUGCUCGUGAUCACGAUGCCCGUGAUCACGAUGCUCGUGAUCACGAUGCCGGUGGUCACGAUGCUCGUGGUCACGAUGCUCGUGGUCACGAUGCUCGUGGUCACGAUGCUCGUGAUCACGAUGCCCAUGAUCACGAUGCUCGUGAUCACGAUGCCCGUGAUCACGAUGCUUGUGGUCACGAUGCCCGUGAUCACGAUGCUCGUGGUCACGAUGCUCGUGGUCACGAUGCCUGUGGUCACGAUGCUCGUGGUCACGAUGCUCGUGAUCACGAUGCUCGUGAUCACGAUUCCCGUGGUCACGAUGCUCGUGAUCACGAUGCUCGUGAUCACGAUGCCCGUGAUCACGAUGCUCGUGAUCACGAUGCUUGUGGUCACGAUGCCCGUGAUCACGAUGCUCGUGGUCACGAUGCUCGUGGUCACGAUGCUCGUGGUCACGAUGCUCGUGGUCACGAUGCUCGUGGUCACGAUGCUCGUGGUCACGAUGCUCGUGGUCACGAUGCUCGUGGUCACGAUGCUCGUGAUCACGAUGCCUGUGGUCACGAUGCUCGUGGUCACGAUGCUCGUGGUCACGAUGCUCGUGGUCACGAUGCUCGUGAUCACGAUGCCCAUGAUCACGAUGCUCGUGAUCACGAUGCUCGUGGUCACGAUGCUCGUGGUCACGAUGCUCGUGGUCACGAUGCUCGUGAUCACGAUGCCCAUGAUCACGAUGCUCGUGAUCACGAUGCCCGUGGUCACGAUGCUCGCGAUCACGAUGCUCGUGAUCACGAUGCCCGUGAUCACGAUGCUUGUGGUCACGAUGCCCAUGAUCACAAUGCGCGUGGUCACGAUGCUCGUGGUCACGAUGCUCGUGGUCACGAUGCUCGUGGUCACGAUGCUCGUGAUCACGAUGCUCGUGAUCACGAUGCUCGUGGUCACGAUGCCUGUCGUCACGAUGCUCGUGGUCACGAUGCUCGUGGUCACGAUGCUCGUGAUCACGAUGCCCAUGAUCACGAUGCUCGUGAUCACGAUGCCCGUGGUCACGAUGCUCGUGAUCACGAUGCUCGUGAUCACGAUGCCCAUGAUCACGAUGCUUGUGGUCACGAUGCCCAUGAUCACAAUGCCUGUGGUCACGAUGCUCGUGGUCACGAUGCCCGUGGUCACGAUGCUUGUGGUCACGAUGCCCGUGAUCACGAUGCUUGUGGUCACGAUGCCCAUGAUCACAAUGCCCGUGGUCACGAUGCUCGUGGUCACGAUGCUCGUGGUCACGAUGCUCGUGGUCACGAUGCUCGUGAUCACGAUGCUCGUGAUCACGAUGCUCGUGGUCACGAUGCCCGUGGUCACGAUGCUCGUGAUCACGAUGCCCGUGAUCACGAUGCCCGUGAUCACGAUGCUCGAGGUCACAAUGCUCGAGGUCACGAUAUUCGAGGUCAUGAUGCUCGUGGUUACGAUGCUCGUGGUUACGAUGCCCGUGAUCACGAUGCCCGUGAUCACGAUGCUCGUGAUCACGAUGCCCGUGAUCACGAUGCUCGAGGUCACAAUGCUCGAGAUCACAAUGCUCCAGGUCACGAUGCACGAGAUCACAAUGCACGAGGUCACGAUGUUCGAGGUUACGAUGCUUGUGAUCACGAUGCUCGUGAUAACGAUGCUUGUGAUAACGAUGCUUGUGAUAACGAUGCUGGAGGUCCCGAUGCUCGAAGUCACGAUGGUCGUGGUGACGAUGCUCGAGGUCCCGAUGCUCGAAGUCACGAUUCUCGAGGUCACGAUGCUCGAGGUCACGAUGCUCGUGAUCACGAUGCUCGUGGUCACGAUGCUCGUGGUCACGAUGCUCGUGAUCACGAUGCUCGUGGUCACGAUGCUUGA